AUGGCCCAAUACUUUCUCUCCCCCAAAAUACUCAGGAAGCGCAAGUUGAGCACGCGACAGCUGCCGAAUCUGCCAGAAUAUGCAGUCAAUCUACGCAGAAAGAGACCACAUACCCUUGCCAGCAACCAGGCCCGGGAGAUGAGUGUGAUUUACAUACGCUCCUAUCCGUCGCGGCCCCAUGAGCUCGAAGCCGAGUCUACGACCACCUCGUCCAAUGGUAAAGGCAGCAACCCCGCUGUCAGGAAGCGCAAAUGGCGAGUCUCGAUUCGUGUCAACAACAACGCCCCGACCUUGGCAGAUAUCGAGGACCCGUUUCGCCAAGUUGACUACAAGGGAGUCUUUGAGCAGUACUUGCGAAGCUCCGACAGACCCCGUUGGGGCUCUCAGAACCUGAUCCCCGACCAGGAGGGUUUGGAUGCAAUAGCCCUGGCAGAGAAGCGAAUUGAAGAGUACGGCAGGCUACUGUUCGACCAGCUGGAUAACCAGACAAGUUUCUUCAAAACCGGCGAUUCUGAAGCUCAGAUCUAUGUGGUUGAGCAUCACGACUACCACGCCGUUGGCAAUGCUGCCGGCGGCAUUCACUGCCUGGCGUGGGAGCUACUAGAGUCCGUAGAGAUAGCACGUCUGCCCAAAUUGCGCUUGCGCGUGACGCGGGUCAGCGACUUCCCGGCUCGUCGAUUGCUUCAACCGCCACGGCCAGACGGCCAGCGGCUAGCAGGAAUUCAAGCAGAUCCCAACGCCACCUUCAAGAUUUUGCUGGUUAUUGCCCGCGACUUUUCCCGCACCGGCGCCGAACGAGACCCGGAGCCAGACUUGGCACAAUGGCCACUUAUGAAUCUUCAAAAGAGGCUCCGAAGCCGCCUCACCCUGGAAAUUGUGCGACCAGGUAGCCUCGAAGAACUAGACCGUCAUUUGGGCAUACGAGCCAAGCAAAAAGUCGAGUUUAACCUGGUUCACUUUGACCUCCACGGGCGACUUAUGCGUAAUGAGUCCGGCGUAGCGGUUCCCUGGUUGUUGUUCGCAAGGCAGCACAGACCCAGUGCUUCAGAGUUUUCCAUCCCUCAGACGCAACUUGCCCAAGCUGAAGCCGUUGCCGAAGUUCUUUCUCGGCAUCAGGUUGAAAAUGUUGUGCUCAAUGCAUGUCUAUCGGCAUACAACCGGUCUGGUCCCGCAACCAACUUGGCACACAUAUUUCUCCGAUAUGGUAUUUCGAACGUCUCGGCCAUGUGGUAUUAUGUUCACUGGAAGACAGUUGAAGCCUUCGUAGAAGCCUUUUACGACAAGUUGCUCAUUGAGUGCCUCGACUUUCACGUGGCGGCUCAGCGAGCGAGGGAGUCUCUGCGGCAGCAGCCCACCAGUCUCCCAGAACGGACAUACCAGGACUUCUUCCUCUGCGUCAAUUACGCGCGCGACGUGCACAGGACCGACAGCAUGCUACGCGGAGUCAGUCCAUCGCCUUCGGCCAAGUCGCACGAGUCGACAAUAACCACGUCCAACAUCUCGAUGAAGAGUUCCCGAAGCGGGAUUUGGAUAAAACCAUCAUCAAGGUUCGCAGACAGUCUUGGCUCGGGGGAUGAGCCAAUAUUGCGGCUUCAGUUGCACCUUUUGGAGCUCGAGUACAAGCUCAUGACAUUCAGAAUCGUAUACGCCAGUGAUUUAGACCAGGCCGGCUCCGACCUGAAUGGGACGCUGGACAAGAUGAUCAAUAUGUGGCUCAACACCAAUCUCAUUGACGAGGUGCAUUACUACAAGGCCAAAGACUUUGGCAAGCGCAAUCUCAUUUCUGGGGCUGUCUCAGUGUCUCCGCGAAGCAAACACACACGAUCGAGUCACGGUGGCCCACUACAACGCUUGUUUCCGCGUACUGUAGAUUCGCUGCGACAGACGUUGCACAUUGUGAGGGAGGUUGACAGCGUGGUGGAUCCGGGGAUGCAAGCUGACGAGCUAGAAAACCAACGACAAGAAGAGCGACGGUUGCUGGCUCAAGAGGGUUUGCAACAGUUUGCCAUCAAACUGCAUGAGGAGGGCUGCAGCUACAUGAUUUUCGUUGGGAGUCAGAAUGCCCAAUGGUGGCGAACAUAUCUCCAAGCUCUAGACGGCGAGUGGUGGCUAAACAUGCCGUGGAGCUUCACCGUACACACCAGAUUUACCAAGGAGACAAAGACAGCUGCAGGAAUGGACGAACGCAGACCGUGUGAACCGGCAGGGCUGGCCCUUGGCCAAGUCGACGCCCAGGUUGCCUGA